CCUCCCGAGCUUAAAUUCUCUUAUUCGUUUGUCCCUCGAUCAACAGGGGGAGGAGGGGAGUUUUUCAAUUUUCAGAAAAGAGGAAAAGAACUGGGCAUCCCGUUUGCAUCGGAACGGCCCGGGUCUGGCGUCCUUCGGUGCCGUUCCUGCUGGAGCCUCUACAAUCUUCCAGUCUCUUUCUCUCUCCCCACUCGACCGGCUUUUUUGGAAUGAUCUGCGUCGCAAAUUUUUGGUUUAGAUUUUUUUUACCCCUCUCAUCUUUUGGAGUCUUAGCGGCGUGGUGCAUGGCGUACACUUGCGUGUGUGUGUCUGGUCUAGGCGCAAUUGGAUCUUUUGGAACAAUACCCUUUGAUACACUGCCUGACUUUUUUUACUGUUUGAUUCUGGUUUCUUGGUUUAUUAUGCUUAGGAGAGUAGGGAACAGAACGCUUCUCGUUUGUCCUGGAGGGCCGGGUGGCACUCAUAUACAUCGCAUUUACAUCAUUGUCAUACCUACAUGAUCUACAAUAGUACUGGAACGCUGCCAGCGUGCCAUCCUAUU